GACGUGCCGGGCGGGCGGCUCCGGUGCAGGGGCCUGGCCCCGUAGGGGACUCGGGCGGCUCUGCAGGGGCCGCUCGCCCCCCCUCCCCCCGCCUGAGCCGCUGGGCUGGUUCCCGGGCGGGAAGGGCCGUUUGCGCCCCGCCCCGUCCCCUGGGCCGCAUCCAGCCCGCUCUGCCCGAGAGGCUGGAUCCGCGGUGGGGACAGUGAGCCCGGGCCAAGGCAGGAGCUCAGCCUCGUCCUCCCGGGCAGGCCAGGCGCCAUGGCUCCGCGGGGCCCGGUCCUGCAGGAUGCUCGCGUAGCCGUGCCCGGCGCCACCUGGCUGCGAAAAGCUCCGCUCCUUUGUGUCGAGCAGAGCGGGGAACUCGGGGGAAAGCACCGGCCCUGCAGGACGCUCAUUCCUGCCACUCUGCCCUGCCCGUGUCCGUGGCACUGGCACCGAUGGUAGCGUCUCUGGGGCUGAUACCACUCUGCGGAUCUGGAACCACCAGCCCUGUGCCAGGAACCCCCUGUGUCUGGUGUCCCCUAGCCUUGGUCCGUGAGGACCCUGGGGCCAGCCUGUGCGGUUUGUGAUACCUGCAGUAGGGGCAGAGAGCAUAGACCUGCGGCCAUCUUUGCUGGGUUGUGGUGUAUCGUGUUGUGAGGUCCCUGUGUCAAACCGGGCUGGUCCUAUUUGGCAUCCAGCCUUUCCCCAGGAAUCUUCCACCGGUCCAGCCCCUUCCUGCUGCAAUGCGCCGGGACAAGCCUCAGGAGCGGGCGGCCAGCUGGCCAGCUGAUCACAUCAAGGUGCUAAUUGCCUUGUGGGCGGAGGCGGCCGCCUCACAUGACCUGAGCUCGCGCGGCAGGAACAGGGUUGUCUACGAUGGCAUCUCCCAGCGCCUGGCUGAGCUGGGCAUCUACCGCACCGGGGACCAGUGCCGGGAGAAGAUGAAAGGCCUUAAGGUGACAUAUCGCAAGGCCAAAGAAAACAAUGCGGCCGGGAGGCCACCCAUGCGUUGCCCAUUCUACGAGGAGAUGGACCAGAUCAUGCAGCGCUGCGACAGCACCCGCUCUAGCCUCCUGGCAGAGAGUGGCGAGGGGCCCGGCGCUGUGGACAGGCAGGAGGGCACAGCUGCCCCGGAGAGCUGGGGGGCACCAUCCUUUGAGCCAUGGGAUUCCCAGGCCACUGCUGCCUUUGAGCACUGGGAGUCCCAGGCCUCAGCCUCUGACCAUUGGGGGUCCCAGGCUGCUGCCUCAGAGAGCCAGGGGGCUGAGGAGCUGGGCUACGUGCUCCCUGAGGCUCAGGCCCUGCUGGGCGAGGUGCAGGCCGUGCAGGUGAAGGAGGAGGAGGCAUCCGCGGACGAACUGCCACCUGAGCCUGACAGAAAGCAGAAGACCAGAAGUACAAAGUGGAGGCAAUUCAGUGUUUAUUGGGACCCUUCCCCGUCGGCAUCGGCGGAGCCCCAACCAGCCUCCCGGAAGCUGGUCUCAGCGCUGGACCGGCUCGUGCACCUCCGGGCCAGGAAGCGCAAGACGCGGGAGGAUGGGCCACUGGAGACUCCACGGGGCCCCAGCCAGAAGCAUGGGCGCAGCCAGCUGGAGCUGAAGCGGGCAAGGCGCACUGGUGCCUGGAGGGCGGAGGAGAGGCAGAGCCUGGCCGAGUUCAUCCAGCAUGACCGGGAGAUGCGGCGGGAGGACCGGGAGUUCCAGGCCCAGCUCCUGGAGAAGCUCUUCCAGAAGCAGCUGGAGAUGGUGGGGGCCCUGGCCCAGCCCGCACCCCCACUGCAGGAGCCGGAGCCGGUGGUGCGGGAGGGAGCUGGGCUCCAGUUUCCUGCUCUGCUGGAGCAGGUGGUGCGAGCGCAGGUCAAGGGGCAGGAGGCCGAGGCAGCUGGCCCUGCCCCUGCAGGAGCCCCGGAGCGAGCGGGGAAAGCGCCCCCUGCUGUGCAGUACUGGACGGCAGAUGAGAUCCUGCGCUGGCUGGUGCCGCAGCAGCCGCUGAUCGGGCAGCAGCCUUGGGGCGAGCGGUGUCGGGAGGGGCUGCCGGGCCCCCUGGCCUCACGGGGAGAGGGAGAAGUGGGGGAGAAUGUGUCCGAUCUCGCCUCCUCCAGACGCGUGACUGACACCUGCCAGGGGCCCAAAAGGCUGGGGGGAGCCCGACUUCUCCCUCCGCUCUGCGGGAAAACCCACCACGCCAGCCUGGAUGCCAGCGAGGCCGGUGACGGUGCCAAGGUGAAGGGAACUGUCCUGCACCGCCAUGACACGGAGACACAGCGCCAGCGCUUCAGGGGCUUCCGCUACCAGGAGGCUGAGGGGCCCCAGGAGGUUUAUGGCCGCCUGUGGGAACUUUCCCAUCGCUGGCUGCAGCCAGAGACCCGCACCAAGGAGCAGAUGUUGGAGCUGCUGGUUCUUGAGCAGUUCCUGAGCCUCCUGCCUGAGGAAAUGCAGAGCUGGGUGCAGGAGCGUGGCCCGGAGAGUGGCCAGGAGGCUGUAGCCCUGGCAGAGGAUUUCCAGCUUGUUCCCCAGAAGCCUGGAUGGCAGCCCCAGGCGCGGGUUCCAGCCCAGGAAGGGGCCAGGGAUGUCGGUGCAGCGCAGCGGGCUCCAUUGGCCGAGCGACAGAGGGCGCCCCAGGGUGCCAGCGGGCAGGAGAACGGCUGGAACGGCGGCUUGUUGGCUGCCACGCCGGGCACCCCGCUGGUGCGGAAACCAAGCCUGGGGGCGAUUGAGACAGCUGCUCCCCAGCCCCUGUGCAACAGAGUGGGCUCCAGGCAGGGACAGCAAGUGGAGAAUGGCUUAGAGCCACGGCAGAGCACCGGGCACCUGCGGCAAGCAGAGAAGAACGCUGCCCCAGUGCCACGCCCAACAGCUGGGAAGGCGACCGAGCUGGGCAGUGCUGGCCCCGGAGGGCACGUGGGGACAGACGGCAUGCUUCAGGGCAGAGCCACCAUUCAAGGGGGCAGCAGCAUCUCAGAGGCUCAGAAUGGGGUCACACAGCUGCCUGUGCCCUGCGCCCCAUCUGAGCAGCAGACACCUGCUGGCCUCGUGCGGACGGAGUGCACCGGCUCCAAGGGUGGCAGAACCUGCAGCGCCCUGCCCAGGAGCGCCGGUUGUGAAUCCCCGGGGCUGGACGGCCCCUUGCUUGGGGCACUCCUGGAGACGUCCUUGGACUCCCCAUGGGACAGAGAGGGCAGCGCAGACAGAGCACCAGAGAGUGGCACGGCCUGCCCGGGGGCACAGCCCCGCUGCCUGGGCUGCACAGUACUGCGGGCUGAUCUGGAUGCCACGCGGGAGGAGCUGAGAAUCACCCAAGCUUCCACCCUGUAUGGACUGAGCGGCACCCACUUGCAGGGCCUGGCUGAGGCGCUGAGCACCAUCUCGCGCAUUCUGAACGAUAGGAGGCCGAUGAUGACCAAACCCCCCUGGGGUGCAACCGAGAGCCCCGGCGUGGCUUUACCCCAACAGACACACCUGUCCUGAAGCCUAAGUGCCUGGCAAGCAGCUGGCCGUGGCCCGCCGCCGAGGAGCCCACACGAUGUUCAGCAGCAGCAGCGUUGGCAGCACCAGGGAGAAGGUGACGACCUCCCACUCGAUCCCAGAGCCGCUAGCGUCGAGCCCCAUACUCGUGGCAGCGCCUGGAGCAGGGAGGCCUUGGACAGGACCUGAGGGGUGCUGGGCCGGCUGCCUGGGGGUGUUGGGAGUUGGAUCCAGCAGGGCCUGUGCUGAGCCAGGGCAGCUGGCAUCUCGUCACUGGACUUUCCAGGGAGCCUUUCCUACUCGACUAGCUUUUUGAUACAAUGUCCCCAAAGCCCCCUACUUUCCCUUUCACUUCUCAGGUUGGUCUCAAUAAAGCAAUGCGCAGAGCUCCAGGCCCGGGGACAUGGCACCUGCAAAUGGGAGGAAAAGUCUGUGUCAGGGACUCCCAAGCACACCAUGGCUCAUCCUGAUCUCCUUGUGUACAGCAGGGCAUGGUCUCAGCACCCAGCCUGCCUUUCUGGGCACUACUAGGUGAGGGAAGGCCCCAGCCAGACUGCCCCACUGGCUGCUGCUGCGGGAGGGAGCCUGUCAGGGGAGUGUCCAGUUAGUUCAACCAGGAGAAUGUUCAGGGGUGACUUGAGCCCUCUCUGUAUGUACCUACGUGGGGAACAACUCUACAGCACUGGGCUGUGCAGAGGGCUGAGAAAGGUCCAACACCAUCCUGGGGCUGGAAGUUGAAGCUGAACUAAUUCAGCCUGGAAAUAAGAUCUCCGUUUUUAACAUGACAGCAAGGGACCAGUUUCCCGAGUGCCGUGGUGGCUCCUCCAUUACUGUUGGUUGUAAGUCAGUGUCGGGGUUAUCUUUAUCCCAGACUCUUCAGGUUCGUUGUCUGACCGCAAGAGAGACAGGCAACCCAGCAAAGUCUGAAACCAAGUUCUUUAUUGAUGCAUGCACACAAGCAACAAAGAACAAGCCCAUUCUCCACAGAGAACCAGAAUCAGCCCCCCCCUUUCUUCAAUACAGCACAAAUUUAUAUAAGCAAGUUUACAUCACAGUUAAAGCAUUUAAUUGCCUGUGGUUAAUUAAUGGCACCUGGUGAAGCAUUUGAUUACAAAAUUCAUGGCCUUGAGCAGUUCCUGGCAGACAAGCAUCUUCCUUAUCAGUACUGAGAACUUUUUUAUCAGCACUUCCCAAGCUUGAGUGCAAGGGGGGGGGGUUUAUCCACCCAGCUCCUGCUUGCUGACUUCAUUCACCCAACUUCUGAGCCCCCCUUGUUCAUGCAUCAAGCGUGUGAUCACCUGCUUAGCCUACCUUGUGGGCCUUCGGGCCCACUUUAAAGCAUCCUAUCUAUCAUCAGGAUGGGCUGUUCUAAAUGCUCUGCUCUAGGGCUAAUGUUGGGACCGUUCUGUGACCUGAGCUAUGUAGGAGGCCGGACUAGGUGGUCCCAAUGAUCCCUUCUGGCCUUGGCAUUAAUGCCCCAAUGAUCGAGGGGCUGGGAUUAAAGCAGAUGACUGGGAGAAGGGGUCAUGGCCCUCUGCUGCUUCCCCUCCUCUCCCUGCCAAUUAACCAUGCUCUGUGCAAAUCCAUCCCACACCAGCCCCUCCGCUGGUGCUUGCUCAGACUAUGCAAGUCGUAACACAAGCCUGUCAAGUUAAGCAUGGCCCACCACCAUGUUGUCAUCUCUGUUGUAUUUUCAAAGCAGAGAAGCAGGAGGCUCUGUUAGCGGGGAGGCUGGGAAAUUCCUCCAGUGGCAGGGCAGACAUUUUGGACACCCUGUUGAGUGGGAGGCUGGAAAAUGCCUCCAGCAGCACAGCGGUGGUUUCUAGACGAACUCCCUCCCCCGGCACAGCAGGCGUUUGGGACGCUGUGUUAGCUGGGAGGCUGGGAACUCCCCCCAGUGGCACAGCAGGCAUUUGGGAUGCUGUGUUCCAGCAGCACAGCUGGCAAUUUGGACAUCAUGUAAGCACAGAGGAUGGGAAAUCGCUCCAGCAGCACAGUGAAUGUUUUGGAUGUCGCCUUACUGGGGAAGCUGGGAAAUCCCUCCAGUGACAGGGCAGGCGUUUUGGAUGUCACUUCAGGUGAGUGGCUGGGAAAUCCCAGGUGUGUCGGAUGCUGUAUUAGCAGGGAGGCUGGGAAAUCCCCCGAGUGGCACAACAGCCAUUUCGAACAUUGCACCCUGUGACUGAUCUGUGGUGGCAUGGGAGAAUGCACCACAUUUAUUCCAGGGAUGCCAUCGACUCCCUGUGCCAGAGGAGUAUCACCCAUGUGUGGGGCAGAUUGGGGGAAGGGACCCCUGGGGCUCUGCCAGAGGAACAUCAGAGUCCCUUUGGUUCCAGCUCUCUCCAGCCCUGAUCACUUCCCCCUUGCAGCUGCAGUGGGGAGUUCACCAACACGUGGGUCAGAGCUGUGAGCAGGGAGGACACACCCACCUGGCUCCCAAUCUCACUGGUUGCACGUUGGUAGCUCUCUUAGCUGGUGCUGGGGUUAAUGCCACAUGUCGGCUGCCUCAGAGCCAGCGGCUCUCCAGCCAGCACCUUCCUUCCUGGGGCCUUUGCCUGGGUUAGGUUCUGCUGGAGGGAGCGUGCUGGCCCAGGGCUCUGUCUCCUGCUUGCCUGGCACUGGGCCCUUGGCUCCAAGUGCGUGGGGCAGAGUUUACUAUGCCAGCCUGGCCCAGUGAAGGCUUGCAGAGAUGCUCAGGUGGGCCUGUAGCACCCCUCUGGCCCCACCGGGCUUCACAGCCAGAGAAUGCCCAGGCUGGAUUGGCCACAGGGCAAACACUCUUCUUUGGGCUCAGAUGGAGGGAAACACCCUAGUUCUGUGCUAACUGGUGGCUGCUAAACUGCCACCUCCCCAGGACUAGAGGAGCUGGAGACAUGGCUGGUGAGGGAGAGGUUCUCCAAACCAGUGGCAGGGUAACAUCUGACCCCAAUGCCGGGUGGGGUGGAACUGGGCAGGGCAGGAGAGCCCAGCCCAGUGGGGCGGUUGGUGUAGUGCAGGAAGGCCUAGCCAGGCGUGGUGGGGCUGGUUCAGAUAAGGGCAGGAACUAUUUCUCCACCCUCCAGAUAAUACUUUGCUCCCUCCAACCCCCCCACUGCUGCUCUGCUUCCAGAACAUCUGGGGGCAACUGCAGCACAUAGAGACAGGCAUGGAGCCAUGGAACUGCUCAGGGUGGGUGCAUGCUGGAGGAAUUCCCCAGAGCUCCAAGCAGGCAUAUGAAAUCUGCACAGCUUCACUGCUCUGGGGCACUCCACCCAGCACAGACAGAUCCCUCCCUGACCCCCUGCCAUCUCAGAAGGAGCCUGGGGGGCAUGUGGCUCUGUGCAAGCACCGCCCCACACCUCCCAUUGGAUACAGCUCCCCAUUCCCAGCCAAUGGCAGCUGCAGGGACAGUGCAUGGAGGGAGACACACACACACACACACACACCACCACCGCCCCCGGGCCCACGCUGGCCACUUCUGGGAGCAGCAUGGGGCCGGGGCAGGCAGGGAGCCUGUCUUAGCAGCAGCCCUGCUGCACCACCAGAGAUCGCAAUUGACUGGGAGAUCCUCUGGGAUUGACCAGUUGAUCAAGAUCAACCGGUUGGUGACCACUGCUUUAGAGGUUCAGGCUUCUCCCAUGAACAAAUGAGCCAGUGAAGCAGCUUAGCAAAAUAAACAAACCUGCUCUGCUAUUUACAUUAGGAGGAUAAUUGAUGCUUAAUACUGCAGCUGACAAAAUGUGAUAUAAACAAGUAUUGCACAGAUAAAAUAUUUCACUGCAAUGUUUUCCACAGAAAUUGAAAUUAGGGGGUGUGAAAUUAGGAGGGGUGAGGACUGUUAGGGCAAAGGUGGGCUGUAUGGCACCAUAGUGAAAACAAAUGUUUUAUUAGAUUUAACUAAUUUGUGUGAUGAUUUAAAAACAUGAAAGUUGGCUAUACAAGCCUACUAUGAAGCACUAUUUCUACAUCCUUCUUGGUUUCUUGUUAUAAUUUUGCACAACUCUUUUAAUGAACUUCUUGAAUGCAGUGCAUUCAUUUUUGGUGGCUUCUCAUGUGUCAGGUACUUCCAGUUCUUCAUGAUAGGCUCAUGA